AUGGAGUGCGUAACAAACUGGUCAUUUAAAGCUAAGGCUAAGACCGAAGUCCCUACUUCGUACGUUGUUAUUUGCGUAACUCUGCUUAGUUGUGUAUGGGAUCUUUGCUUUAGCCCUGAUGGGAAAAAAAUUAUUGCUGGGGUCGGUAAUCACGUGUUGGUGUACCGAUCUGAAUGUGGGACCCUACUUAGGUCAUUAAAAGGGCACAAGGACACUUCUUUAUGCGUAAAUUAUAGCUCAGAAGGCUCGUAUUUUGCAAGUGGUGGUGCAGAUAACACUGUUAUUGUGUGGAGAAGUGUCAACUAUGAAGGUGUAAUAAAAUACACGUAUGCAAAUAGACGCUCAGCAGCUAAACCUGGUUUAGACAUAAUGGAAGCAUUAGGAGUGUUUCCUUCAACCCUAAAGCUGUACUUCUGGCUAGUUGUGCAACGGAUGACUUUGGAUGGUGGAGAGCUUAUCUCUAUUGAAAGGGGAGAUGGAAUUGCGAUCCUGGACUUAGAAUGGACAUAUUUAAAUUUGGAGAAAACAGAAAUCUUCGGAGUCUGUGAUAGUAGUGAACGUCUUUCUCUUUAUCAGCUGACGGGCAAGCAGCUGUUGCAAACUUGUGGCUCUCUCACAAGCAAACUUGCGCUUACGCAAAAGUCAGUCAAGGGUCCCGUUGGAACUAAAUGCGGUAAGGACCGCUACCUAGGGUUUAUACCAAUGUGCAUGAAUUGGAUUGGCGAUUCCUCGGAAUACUUGGCCAUAUGUGGACAGAACCAGAAAAUAAAUUUGUACAGCUAUGAGGGCUGUCAGAUAGGACACCUUACUGAGGAAAAAUCGUGGAUCUUAAGUUGCAAGAAACACCCUCAGGAGAAACAACUGGUGAUUGGGUGCCAAGAUGGCACUAUCAGAAGCAUGCAAUACUUCACACCAAUCGUACAUAGUUUCUACAAAGAUCGUUAUGCCUUCAGGGACAUCAUCACAGACGUAAUAAUACAGCAUCUAGUAACGGAGCAAAAAGCUCGCAUCAAGUGCCGCGAUGUAGUGAAGAAAAUUGCAAUAUUCAAGAACCGCCUAGCAAUUCAACUCUCCGAUAGAGUCCUUAUUUAUGACUCUGCUGCCGAUGACCCUUUCGAUAUGCACUACCACAUAAAAGAGAAGGUGAUGCUCAAGUUCAAUUGUCAGGUGCUUCUGGUUGCAUCUCAGCACAUCAUCUACUGUCAGGACUGCAAAAUUACUUGUGUGAAUUUCCAGGGCCAAAUGGAACACUUUUGGUGCCUCGAUUCUUCUGCGCAGUGCAUUCAGCAAAAUGGUGGCCCUGAUGGAAAUGAGAGUUUAACCAUCGGGACAACCAAUGGCCAGGUUUUCAAAUUAAAUUUGAACAGUGCCUUCCCAAUCCUUCUUACAAAAAUUGAUACCAAAGUCAGCUUCAUUGACCUGAGUUCUGAUCGCGAUAAAAUAGCUGUGAUUGACUGCAACAACACUCUUACCGUCCAUUCACUGCAGACAAAGGAGAUUCUCUUGCGAGAGGCAAAUAUAACAAGCGCUGCCUGGAACCAGGUGAUCAAUGACCUUCUCUGCUACACCAGCAAAGACACCUUGCACAUAGUGACGGUUGACUACACGUGUCACCAACAGCCCAUCGAGGGUGUCGUUGUUGGCUUCAACGGAUCUUCCGUGUACUGUUUGUCCUCACAAUUCGUGAGGCGCAUCGAAGUCCAGCUGGCCCAAGCAAUGUACUACUACCUUGACGCAGGGCGCCUAAAGGAGGCAUACCAGAUGGCUCGCCUGGGUGUUUCGGAGACAGACUGGCGAAAACUCGGAAACGCUGCUUUACUUAACAUGGAACUUCAAGUUAGUGACACUUCAGCGCGUCGCUGUCUAAUUGCACGGUCCGUAUUCGUGUACCUGGGAGAUUAUUUUUACCUAACAUACAUACAACAAUUGGAAGAACGUCAGCGCCAUGGCUCGGUCCAGCCUCCUGACUCACUGAUGACUUCGACAGAAAAGCUUCUUAUCGAAGCGGAAUUGGCUUGUUUCCAAGGUGACUACAAAGAAGCAGCAAAAACCUUUAAAAAAGCUAACCACGUGGAACGCGUUGUUGGCCUGUAUACGGAUUUGCGGCGAUUUACCGAAGCUAAGGAGAUCAUGAUAUCUGCGAGUGGUGAUGCGGAAAGCAAAAAUGGGGAAUGCGACUUCUACUCUGAAGAAGCCACGCGUGGUUUGCUAGCAAAACACGCCGAGUGGGCUCGUGCUACCAAGGACCACCGCACAGCCGCCACAAUGUUUAUUGAGGCCGGUAAUUACGGUGCCGCCAUCGAACUCGCAGCUGAGCACGGUUGGGUCGAUGUACUUCUGGAGUUGAGUCGGAAGGUCGAUAAAGGUGACCGCAUACACCUUGACCUCUGUGCUAAGCAUCUGGCAAAGCUGGGUGAAUGCGCCUUUGCGGCCGACUGCUACGCUCGAAUUGGUGAUGUCGAGAGUCAGCUGGAUAUUCUUAUUAGGGCGGCCAAGUGGGAUGAGUCAUUAUCACUUGUUCAAGGAAAUCCUGAAUAUACACGAAAAGUAUACCUUCCAUAUGCCCAGUGGUUAGCUGAAAACGACAGCUUCGAGGAAGCCCAAGCUGCAUUUGCUCGGGCUGGACUUGCAAAUGAGACCGUCAGGUUUCUUGAAGAGUUGGCCUCGUGUGCGGUGUCGGAGUUCCGGUUCGAUGAUGCCAGCUGGUAUUACUGGAAACUGAGCAAGCAAUGCGCAGAGGUAGCUAAAGGAAGUCAAGGUGAGACAUUCAUAAUACCUCGCAUAUUUUUUGCUUGGACAGGCAUAAAUCAUCAGCACACAAAGCGAGAAUAUCUUAGGCGAUUUAAGGACUGCGCAAAGCGAGCUGAUGUUUAUUACGUUUACAACAACAUUUAUCGGUACAUGAAAGACCCUUUUGCAACACACGUGCCUGAGGCCUACUUCAAUAUGGCUCGGUACCUUCUUCAACGAUUAGGAAAAGACGACUUUGAUGGAAUUUCAAAAAAACGCAGGUUUGUGCUCUUCACCUUAGCAAAGCAUAGCAAGAAUCUCGGUGCUUUCAAACUGGCAAGAUAUGCUUUCGACCGUUUGCAAACCUUCCACAUCAAACAACCACUCCGACGACUGAUUGAACUUCAGAGCCUGGCAAUCAAAAACACACCAGUUCAGGACUCUGAAGACAUCAUAGUAGUCUGCUUCCGAUGUUCCGCCACUAAUUCUACAUUACAGAGUGACGGCCGUUGCACUAAUUGCAAAGCGCCUUUCGUCUACUCCUUUUUGUAUUUUGGUAGGUUUGAUGAACUCAACCUUCGGGUUCGAACACAACCAAUUGAAUUUUUCUCUGCGUCAGAUAUCCUACCUCUCGUGGAAUUUGUGCCAGACCCCGAGUUGACUGCAGAAGAGGUGAUUGACUGUAUCCGAAGCGAUCCGAUAACCCAACAUUCAGCUGAGUCAGAAAGUUCGCCCGGUAACAUCAACCGUCUUACCCCUGAUUUUGAUCCAUUUGCUGAAAAGCUCAGUAGUUUUAACAUAAGUUCUACUGAGUAUCAACCGGUUGUGCUUGAUGCAACUACCCUAAAAGCGAUCCCUUCGGCAGAAAUUAUUAUUCUUGAAGCGGAUUACCCGUUGCGGAAACGAUUUUUCAAAAAUGUUCUUCCUGAAGUUGGAGUUACGUGGUGUAGAAGCUGUAAUAAGAUCUUUCAAAAGGAGGAUUAUCAGCUCAUAUAUCUUCAAAGACAUCAGUGCCCAUUUUGCAAGUUUUUCAUGGAAGAUUGA